UUUGCACGGCAGUGGUAUCAUCACUACUAGAUGUUCUUCUCGAGCCUAUGGGAUGGGGAAUAUCCAUGGAACUGGGGCAGAAGUUUCCCUUUACGCAUGCUUAUUUCCCAAGCCAACAAAGGGACUUGCUUGCCAUACUAACUGGACCCAUAUCAUGCAGAAGAUUUAUGGAUCUUGUUUCUUGCAUAGAAGCUAUGGUUUGUUUGGAAGGUAACUCUUCAUGGAACAACAUACAAUCACAACAAUCAAAGGGAUCACACUUUGGCAAAAAACCAUCAUCAAAGGGAGUGGCCAAAUUCAAAUAUAGUUCUGCUUGGUCAAUGAUUACAAAUUUCCCUAUCUGGUUCAGUUUUGCUACUGCCUUACUUUUUCAUCAGGAAGGUUCGCAAGGUUUUAUAUCAGAAAUAUUAUCCAGGGAGAAAACUGCUCAAUCAAUAAGUGAUAUCAGUCUUGCUCAGAGGGCAGCAUUUUACCUUUCGUGGGUCUUAUGCCCUUCUAAUGUAGAUGAAUGCCAGAUGUUAGCUAACAAUAUGGUGGACUUAUCACAUGCUUGGGCCAGGAACAACAAAAGACGCCCCAGUUAUGCAUACAAUACUAGUACUGUAAAUCAUAGGAGGAAAUUGCGAAUACCCGCAGCUGAGGAUACAGGGAAACCUUAUGCAUCGACCAACCCUGUCAGUUCCCUCAUUAAAGGAUUUGAUGAUCACUGUGUGAAGUUCAGUAGCAGAACUGUUGUUAGUCAAGUGCAAGAUGAAGACACAUCAGACAUCCCUCUCUCAUGCCCUAAUUUUCUGCAUUUGCAGAUUCCUUUAGGGGUGUUGCUUGUGUCCUCUAGCUGUAUUAGUGAGCAGGACUGUAACGUGCUUCUGCGCUACACAAGCACAGGUCUGGUUCUGGAGUCAAAGGAAGUGCAGGAAAAAACGAGAGAUCAUUUUGGUUAUGAUGGUUUUUCAUCCACCUAUAGAGGUUUUACUGAAAGACGGGCUUUAAGUGGUGCGUAUCUCAUCUUUGGCUGGCUUGACAUCAUUGAUGAUAUGUCUGGAGCGAUCUUUGAAUGUGAAGAUACAUGUCGUUGUUUUGUCAGUGAACUAAGAACCAAGAUGUGCCCAUACUUGCUCGAGUGUGUAAAUUUAUUGCUGAAUCAGGUAGGUCAAGAUAAAGAUUUUAUAGUUGAUCUCCGGUACAGGUUGCUGAACUGGAGUAAUAAAGGGCAGAGUUUUGAUGGUUGCGAGGCAUUCAAAGACGUUAUCCUUCAAAUGAACACAAAAGUUCUGCUCCCCCCAUAGCAAUUACCAGGGCCUUUAUGUAACUGUGAAUGUGUCCUGACGGAUUCCUGGUCUUCCUUUGGUGGUUAUACUGCUGGAGAUGAGCUGCUGAGUUGAAACAUAUCCAUCCAGCUCUUGGUAUCAGAGUUCUGAGGUUACCACAAGUUCCAGCUAUUUAAGUAGUGCAACUGUAUGGGCUCUGAUCACUUCUACCCUAGUAGAUAAUGUAAAGUGACGUCUGUCAGUUCUAGAUAGUGUAAACUAACAUCUGUCGAGCAUUGGAUCGGGCAAACUAGUAACACUGCCUUCAGUUGCAAAUUUGGCUGUUGCCUCC